GCCGGGGGAGGACGAAACCCGCCGGCGCCCGGUCCCCCGAAGAGGCGGCGGGUGGCGCCGGAAGGCUCGGGAGCGAGCGCCCUCGCCGCCGCGUCCGAUCGCAGCCGCGUGCGGGGCCGCGCUGGGCAGGCUGCGCGGGCGCUGCAGCCUGGGUCCGGGGAGCCCCGAGCCCGGCCAGCUGCCAAGUGAUGCUUCGAAAGUUUCCCCGCUCUGGUUUAAAAUUUAUUCCUGCAAGCUCUGGAGCUCUUACUAUGUGAUUGGUGCUUCUGGAUCCCUCCUCUUCUGCCUUUUGCUCCCCAAGAAGAAUACAGAGCAUGCGCUCAGGCCUCCUCAGCUGGCUGCCUCCCCGGGAGGCAGUGCUUAAUUUAAGAGUGAAAUCAGUUUUUCGGAGUUGUUAAAGUCAUAGGAGCCCCCAGCUUCUGGUGACGUGGGGACACACCAAUGUCCUGAGGGCAGGAGAUUGUGCUCAGAGGAGACGACACCUGUGAAGCCUCUCAGUACACAUCUGGCAGUUCUCUCCUGAAGCGGACAGGCCCCAUUGGGGGGGGGGGCAUCGUCAUGCUGCAGCAGCUCCUCAUCACCCUGCCCACGGAGGCCAGCGCGUGGGUGAAGUUGCACCAUCCAGAGAAGGCCAAGGAGGGGGCACCCCUGUGGGAGGACGUGACUAAGAUGUUUGAAGGAGAAGCUCUGCUCUCUCAGGAUGCUAAGACCCAGGGAGAAAGUUCGAAGGAUGGAUUCACCUCUCGGUUGCCAGCAGCAGAAUCCCAGGAACUGUUAACCUUCAAGGACGUAUCUGUGGACUUCACCCAGGAGGAAUGGGGACAACUGUCCCUUGCUCACCGGAAUCUAUACCGGGAGGUGAUGCUGGAGAACUAUGGGAACCUGGUCUCAGUGGCAGGAUAUCAGCUUUCCAAACCUAGUGUGAUAUCCCAGUUGGAGAAGGGACAAGAACCAUGGAUGACAGAGAAAAAGGGCCCAGGAGAUCCCAGUCCAGACUUGAAGAAUAAAACAGAAACCGAUGUAUCAACUGCAAAGAAUGACAUUUUCCAGGAACAGUUAUAUCAUGGCAUUAUGAUGGAAGGGUUCCUGAGAGAUGAUGUCAUCUAUUCCACAUUGAGAAAAGUCUCUAAAUAUGAUGGUGACUUAGAAAGGCACCCGGAAACCCAUGGAAGAGAUGUAAGGCAAGCCAUCCUGACCCACAAGAAGAGUGGCCAAGAAACCAACAAAUAUGGGGAAAAUAUUGUCAGUUCAAAAGUUAUUGUAGAGCAGAGGCACCGCAAAUGUGAUACACCUAGACAGAGAAACAAAUACAAAUUAGACUUGAUUAAUCAUCCAAGUUACAUAAAAACAAAAACCUAUGAAUGUAAUAUAUGUGAAAAAAUCUUCAAACAACCCAUUCAUCUUACUGAACACAUGAGAAUUCACACUGGUGAAAAGCCUUUCAGGUGUAAGGAAUGUGGAAGAGCCUUUAGUCAAAGCGCAUCCCUUACUACACACCAGAGGAUCCAUACUGGCGAGAAACCCUUUGAAUGUGAAGAAUGUGGCAAAGCCUUCAGACAUCGCUCAUCUCUUAAUCAGCAUCAUAGAACUCACACUGGAGAGAAACCCUAUGUAUGCAAUAAAUGUCAGAAAGCUUUCAGCCAGAACAUUAGCUUGAUCCAACACUUGAGAACUCAUUCUGGAGAGAAACCCUUUACAUGCAAUGAAUGUGGGAAAACCUUCCGACAGAUUAGACAUCUUAGUGAACAUAUAAGAAUUCACACUGGGGAGAAGCCCUAUGCAUGCACUGCGUGUUGUAAAACCUUUAGUCAUAGAGCGUAUCUAACACAUCACCAGAGAAUCCAUACUGGGGAGAGACCCUACAAAUGUAAGGAGUGUGGGAAAGCCUUUAGGCAGAGGAUACACCUUAGCAACCAUAAAACUGUUCAUACAGGAGUGAAAGCAUAUGAAUGCAACCGCUGUGGAAAAGCCUACAGGCAUGAUUCAUCCUUUAAGAAACAUCAAAGACACCACACUGGAGAAAAACCUUAUGAAUGUAAUGAAUGUGGAAAAGCCUUCAGCUAUAAUUCAUCACUUAGUCGACACCAUGAGAUACACAGGAGGAAUGCCUUUCAAAAUAACAUGUAAAAAUAGAUUAUUCAACAUGAGAGCAAGAGCUAACUCUAAAUCAGUGACUCUGUGCUUUUUAAUUACAUGAUUCUAAAUUUGAGGAAUUGAUAUCAUGAUGCCAGCUUUUAAUUUUGUCCAUUGUGUAAAUAAAUAGUACAUUGACUCCUGUAGAUAACUACUAUCUACUAACAUCUCCAUACAAAGUACUUAAUCAAGAAUAAAGGAUGUUAGAAUAAAGGAUGUUAUGUUCCUUCAAAUUAAAUUCAGCAUUAUGGAAAAUGCA